CUUUUAAAAAUUAUCUUUCAGGCUUGUGCUCGACCAUUAAUAACAGUGUACAGUGACAAGGGAGAAAUAUCAGGCAAAAAUGUUGUUAUGCCUGCUGUUUUCAAGGCUCCCAUCCGGCCAGAUAUUGUGAAUUUUGUUCACACAAAUCUACGCAAAAACAAUAGACAGCCGUAUGCUGUGAGUGCAGAUGCAGGUCACCAAACCAGUGCUGAGUCGUGGGGUACUGGCAGGGCUGUGGCUCGUAUUCCCCGUGUACGGGGUGGUGGCACUCAUCGUUCUGGCCAAGGUGCUUUUGGAAAUAUGUGCCGUGGUGGGCGUAUGUUUGCUCCUACAAAGACUUGGCGCCGUUGGCACCGCCGAGUGAAUGUGACCCAGAAGCGAUAUGCCAUCUGUUCUUCUCUGGCUGCGUCAGCCCUCCCUGCUCUCGUCUUGUCAAAAGGUCAUCGCAUUGAGGAAAUCCCAGAGCUCCCACUUGUGGUUGAAGACAAGAUUGAGAGCUACAAAAAGACAAAGGAGGCUGUUUUGAUGCUUAAAAAGCUGAAGGCCUGGAAUGAUAUCAAAAAGGUUUAUGCUUCUCAACGUAUGCGUGCUGGCAAAGGUAAAAUGAGGAACCGCCGUCGUAUCCGGCGCAAGGGUCCAUGCAUUAUCUACAGUGAGGACAAUGGUGUUGUAAGAGCUUUCAGAAACAUCCCAGGCAUAACUCUUCUCAAUGUCAACAAGUUAAAUGUCCUAAGACUUGCUCCUGGUGGCCACGUGGGGCGAUUCUGCAUCUGGACAGAGAGUGCCUUCCGCAAGCUGGAUGACCUAUAUGGAACUUGGCGCAAACCCUCCAAAUUGAAGAUUGGAUACAACCUUCCUAUUCACAAGAUGACAAACACAGAUCUGAGUCGUAUCAUGAAGAGUCCAGAAAUCCAGAAGGCUCUUCGUCCUCCAAACAAAAAGAUUGAGCGCAGAGUCCUUAAGAAGAACCCAUUGAAGAACUUGAGGAUCAUGAUGAAACUGAAUCCAUAUGCCAAGACUGCACGGCGUCGUGCAAUUCUCCUGCAGGAAAGGAAUCGCAAAGCCAAUCUGGAAAAGAAGCAAAAGGCAGCAGCAUAAACCUAAAGCUCCUGUAUUAAAGGCAUACGCACACAUUGCUGUGUGGAUUCAGUUUAAAUAAAAUCUAUUUAAAAUA